AUGGCGCCUGUCUCACUCCUCGACCUCGUGUCGGCGCUGCCUGCGAAGGAAGCAUGGGGACCCGAGGUCUCCAGCGAGACUAUGCUCGAAGGCGUCCCGUAUGCGCCCUACUCGAAGGCGGACAAGCUGGGCCGCAUGGCAGAUUGGACAGACGGUAAAGACAGGGACCGGGGCGGCCGCCAGAAUUACGGUGGACGCAACUACAGAGAUCAGCAGGUGUACGGCGCGAACCAGACCACGAACCCGUUCGCAGUACAAAUGGCCGAAGAGGAGGCUACUUUCUCCGUCGUCGACAACGCACGUACAUCGACCAGGACCAGGGGUUUCGGCCGUGGAGGUGGCACCGUCUUCGGUCGUGGACGAGGACGAGGUGGUCAACAAGCACAGCGCGGUGGGCGGGGCACCUUCCAGCGCGUUGGCGGACGCGGCGGACAGCAGGGUUACGACAACAGGGGCGGACGAGGUGGCCGAGGAGGCCGCCGCUUUGGCUGGAGGGACGACAAGCCGCAGCGCAACCGCGAUGCGUCCGUGCAGGUCAAGCCAGACUGGCAGGUGUUGGAGGAGAUGGACUUUGCGCGUCUGGGCAAGCUCAACCUGGCCACAGGCGAUGGCGAGGAUAUCGACAGCUACGGCUUCCUCUACUACUACGACCGUAGCUACGACAAGCAGCCCGGUGCUGUCACCUCCCAACGCAAACUCAACGUCCUCGAGCGCGCCGCCUACAAUGUCACCACCUCAAGCGAUCCUAUACUGCAAGAGCUGGCCGAGAAGGAUGAGGCUACCAUCUUCGCCACCGACAGCAUCCUCUCUGUACUCAUGUGCGCGACGAAGUCUGUAUACUCGUGGGAUCUCGUCAUUACCAAGAGAGGCAGCAAGCUCUUCAUCGACAAGCGCGACAACUCGAAUCUGGAUAUGGUCACGGUUAACGAAAACGCGACGGAUGCACCGCUCGAGAUGUCAGAAGGCAACAAGGACACCAUGAACAGCCCUGGCGCCUUGAUGCUCGAAGCAACCCAUAUUAACAAUGUCUUCCCGCUUCAAGUCGUGAACGAGUCGCAGACUAACAAGGUUGAGAUGCCUCACGAACACCCCUUCUACAGCGAGGAGGUUGAGAGCGAUCCCCCAGCCUCCAAGGCCUACAAGUACCGCCGCUUCGAUUUGUCGUUGGACCAGGACGAGGAGCCACUGCACCUCAUCGUGCGGACAGAAUUCGACGCUGUCGUGAAGAACAACAUCAACGGCGAAGAUCAGUACUUGAUUAUCAAGGCUCUCAACGAGUUUGACAACAAGGCUCAGGGUAGCGGCGGCGCCCUCGACUGGCGGACGAAGUUGGCUAGCCAGCGUGGUGCUGUUCUUGCCACCGAGAUGAAGAAUAACGCUUUCAAGCUGGCUCGAUGGGCUACCCAAUCUAUCCUUGCGAAGGCCGACUCGAUGAAGCUUGGUUUCGUAUCCCGCGCCAACCCGAAGAACAAUAACGAUCAUGUCGUCCUCGGCGUGCUCACCAAUAAGCCCCGCGACUUCGCCAACCAGAUGGCCCUCAACCUCAACAACGGCUGGGGUAUUGUCCGUACCAUCGCUGACAUGUGCCUCAAGAUGGACGAUGGCAAGUACGUGCUCGUCAAGGACCCGAACAAGUCCAUACUUCGGCUGUACUCAGUUCCAGAGCACACUUUCGAGGAAGAGAUUGAGGAGGCUCCUAUUCAGGAGGAAGAAGAGAAUGAGUCGUAA